UCGCAGCCUCCUCUUCCUCGGGUGCUUUUCCCUCCCUCCUCCUCCUCCUCCCCCCCUGCAUUUCCUCCUGCACCUUUAAGAAGCCCAUUGCCGCCGGUGGGAUGGUGUGUGCUAAAGCUGCACAGAGGAAGUUACGCAGCCGGGAUCAGGCACGGAGAUAAAAGCUCCGAUUGUGAUUGAAAGUGAGAGCAAAAGGGAUUUCAGCCUCGGCAUUAACUUGCGAGGGGAGCGGGGAUUGCACAAAGCUCCCCCGGCCAUCUGCCCUUGGGGGCCGGCGGCGCAGCGCCUGCCCGCGGGGCUGGGCAGGGCAGGGCUGGGCUGGGCAGGGCUGGGCAGGGCUGGGGGUGUGUUUUGGGGUUCCCCCGGCCCCGAAGUUCGCUGCUCCGCCGGGAGCCCCGCGCCGCAGAGCUCCCUGCCGGUCCCUCGUGCUGAUGAGCUCUGCCUUUGCCCUGACCAUGGGAGAGAGAGGAGCUCUCAGGUAGUCCCAUGGCUUGCAGCUGAAGGCUUUGGGAGGUUGGUGCUCUGUUGCCAAAAGGCAGAACUGAACGGGAAUCCUCGCCACCACCACAGGACACAGCAGGAAAAUCCAAGGCCAGCCCUGCCCCAGUCACCCCAGUGACCACCCAGCACCUGCUGGGACCACCACGGACCUGGCCACCGGACCUGUUCGAGCUGAGACAACCAUCCUUUGGGAAAAAGGAAUUUUAGCUCCAAGCAGUCUCUCUUGUCAGAGUAGUACUGAUGACCAGAUGCUCUAUUUAUUUUAUAUGCUAAUGUUCAAACACCCCAAUAAUUAAGGCAGACAGAGUUUAAGACACUUUCCACAGCGACACGUUUGGAGCAGAAGGUUGAGAAAAAUCUGAUCCAGCACCAUCUCACAGCCUCUCUAAUUUACUCCUAUCAAAUUUCAUCAGCAACUCAGAACUUGAUCUUUGUAUUGAUUGACUGGAGUCACCUCUAGAUAUUUUCAUGCUGAUUGGAAGACCUUUCGUACAAUAACAGGGGGAAAAAUGAGGUUAAGGAAGACUUCUGACCACUGAUCAGCAACUCUGGCCAAAACUUUCCCAAUCAAGUGAAUUGCAAAGUUGGCUUCUGUGCCGAGAAGAACUUUCCACAUCCAGAUCCAGCGUGCAGAGCGGAAUCAUCCCUGUCACUGUCUGGAUCUCCUUCGACUGGAGCAUUUUUAGAUGAGGAGUUUCCAUGCUGAUCCCGAGAGCCACCCCUAGCUCAGUAGCCGCCCUCCUCGGGACUCUUGGCACUGCCCUUGCCCAGGGAUCCAGCGCUUGGCCACAGCUGCCAUGCUCUACCUGGCUGCUCUCCUCGUGCACUGCGUCCCCCUGGCCAUGGGACAGUAUGACAUUUGCAAGUCCUGGGUGACCACGGACGAUGGCCCCUCAUGGGAGUUUUAUGCUUGCCAGCCCAAGGCCAUGCGGAUGAAGGAUUACGUGACUGUGCGGGUGGACCCGGCAGGAAUCACUUGUGGGGACCCUCCAGAGAGGUUCUGCACCCAUGAGAACCCGUACCUGUGCAGCGACGAGUGCGACGCCUCCAACCCCGACCUGGCCCACCCGCCCAAGCUGAUGUUCGACAGCGAGGACGAGGGGCUGGCCACGUACUGGCAGAGUGUGACGUGGCGCCGGUACCCGGAGCCGCUGCUGGCCAACAUCACCCUGUCCUGGAACAAGAGCAUCGAGCUGACCGACGACAUCGUCAUCACCUUUGAGUACGGGCGCCCCACCAUCAUGAUGCUGGAGAAGUCGCUGGACAAUGGGAGGACUUGGCACCCGUACCAGUAUUAUGCAGAUGACUGCAUGGAGGCCUUCAGCAUGCCAGCACGGAGGGUCCGGGACCUCUCCACCACCAGUGCCAACAGGGUCCUCUGCACGGAGGAGUAUUCCCGCUGGGCGGGCUCCAAAAAAGAGAAGACCGUCCGGUUUGAGGUGCGAGACCGCUUUGCCAUCUUCGCUGGCCCCGACCUCAAGAACAUGGACAACUUGUACACCCGGCUGGAGAGCGCCAAAGGGCUCAAGGACUUCUUCACCGUGACCGACUUGCGCAUGAGGCUGCUGAGACCCGCCCUGGGCGGCACCUACGUGCAGAGGGAGAACUUGUACAAGUACUUCUACGCCGUCUCCAACAUUGAAGUCACUGGCAGAUGUAAAUGCAACCUCCACGCCAACCUGUGCACCUUCAAAGAGGGCAGCCUGCAGUGCGAGUGUGAGCACAACACCACGGGCCAGGACUGUGGCAAGUGCAAGAAGAACUUUCGCUCCAGGUCCUGGCGAGCAGGGUCCUACCUGCCUCUCCCCAAUGGGUCCCCCAAUGCAUGUGCAGCUGCAGGCUCAGCCUUUGGCACGUACGAGCGACCGCAGCGCAUAAACACCGCAAAAACCACCACUGCAAAAACCACCACCGCAAAAACCACCACCAUCACCUCAACCACCACCACAACCACCACAACCAUCAGCAGCACCCCCAUACCAGCCACCACCACCCAGCCAGACUACCCCGGCUUGUCGGCGGCUGCCCCGCUGCAGGUGGGCUCUCCCCUGGCCAAGGCUGGCCCAGGAGCACAAGCACUUGGACAGAAGCCGAAGCCAUCAGACCCUCCCAAGAACAUGCGAGCGACUCCGAAGAGCAAAGCAGGGCGCACAGCACACUCUGCAGGCAAGAAGCACGGGAAAAAGACAGCAUCCUCAAAGAGCUCAAAACUCAUCCGGCUCAAACCAAACUCUGGCCCAGUGGCUCCCAUUGAAACAUACAAAGACUGCGAGUGCUACGGCCACUCCAACCGCUGCAGCUACAUCGACUUCCUCAACGUGGUGACCUGCGUGAGCUGCAAGCACAACACACGGGGCCAGCACUGCCAGCACUGCCGCCUGGGCUUCUACCGCAACAGCUCUGCCGAGCUGGAUGAUGAGAAUGUCUGCAUAGAAUGUAACUGCAACCAGAUUGGCUCCAUGCACGACCGCUGCAAUGAGACCGGCUACUGUGAGUGCAGGGAAGGUGCCACAGGGCCCAAGUGCGACGACUGCUUGCCCAACUACUACUGGAGACAGGGCUGCUUCCCCAACGUCUGCGAUGAUGAGCUCCUGCUCUGCCAGAACGGCGGCACCUGCUACCAGAACCAGCGCUGCAUCUGCCCCGUGGGCUUCAAGGGCGUCCUGUGCCAGCAGUCCAGGUGUGAAGUGGACAAAAAGGACUGUGACAGUGCUCCCGGUGCUGGUGGCAGCCUGGCCACCGUGGCCCUGGGGGUGCUCGCCCUGCAGCUGCGAGGCUGGGUGGACCUCUGAGGCUGCACAGGGAGCCCAGCCCGGGCGUGUCACCCCAGGGACCUGGGGACACUGAGGUGACGGGUGGCCGUCCCCACCACCUCCUCCGCCUUCCUUCACGCUAGGACUUGCACAGCGUCUUUCGGUCCACUUUCCAAGCAGAGAGGUACACAGGGAGCCUGGUGCUGGCUCCUGCCCGGUGUCCCAGCCCGGUGUCCCAGACCGGUGACACGGGGACAGCAGCAGCCUGUGUGGGACAUGGCCCGUCCUGCACACAGUGACUCUGUCCUGCUCUGCCGGGCCCAGGGCCGCCGGGUCUCUGGGCAAACAGUGCCGCCAUCCAAGGGAUGUUUUUUUUUAUUAUUACUUUAUUUACUUUGGUAUAGGCUGGGGUGUUGUUUUUAUUUUCCCUGCUCUUGGCAUCUGUUUUAGAAGAGCCUGUGAUGACAACUGCAGAGCCCCAGCACACAAGGAGCAGGGGACAGGAGGGAGGGGAGAGGGGACUCUGGUCCAUCCCUGCUGCAUAGUCCCACAUCCCACCACGGGCCUGGCCUGGCCACGCACAUACUGUUGCCUACGACUGUAGUUGCUGCAUUGAUUUUGUAUUUUCAUGGCUGGGUUUUGUUUUCUUGCACUUACAGAGAACACAGGGGCCGUGAGGCAUUUGGAACGUGAGGAGUGCAGUGUCUUAUCCACACAUGUCCGUAUGGUGUACGGGUCAAAUACUUCUUUUGGUAGAGACUUAUUUUUAUUUGGAUUAAAUGUUAUAACAGAACCAGAACCACGACCUAAAGGGACAUUUUACCAUGAGCAUUUGAUUCUGGUGUAUCCUCCUCCAGUAAAGCAACUAUUAAUGGCUGCUUGAUCACCAUGUUUUAUUUUUUGUGUGCACAGUUAAUUACAGGUAAAGACUUAUUUUUUGAUU